AUGCCCAAAUUGAUAGAACACGGCCACUACGCCAACCAUCCCGAACUGAUGAAAGGUCUUUCCCCGCGUGAUAUCAGGCGCUUACGACAGAAUUUUGUGGCACCACAAAUCUCCGCUGCAGCUGCACGGGAGGUUUUGGGGGAAGAAGAGUUACCAAAACCUGCAUUCAACCAUGACAGCUCAUGGCUGUUUACUCUCAAAGCCACGACUGUUGGAGACAUUGCUGAAUUUUCUUUUGUUUCAAAGAAAAUCAAUAUUGACAUCAACCUGGCUCUGGGCCAGUUCGUCAGGUAUUGGGAUUGGGCAUCCACCUUCACCGCUCAAAUAAAUCAAAUUGAUUCGGGUCGUUUGGAAGUGGAAGUCCAAAGUUUUGGUUCGGACUCAGAGAGAUCACAUUUCAUGUUAUGUCAAGAAAAGUAUCACACCGCUAUGCUAUUAAAUUUGUUCAAAGGAAAGCUCAAAGAGAUCUCUUCGCUUUUAACUUUGGCCAAAGCACAACUGGCCACCGAUGUUCGUUUUGCCGAAAACCAUGUCCUUGCGCACCGGAACACUGUCGGCCAGCUUGACAUGUAUACUUUGCAGGAGAGGUUGCCAGGUCCGCUACAUAGGACAUCGGACACUAGUUAUUCCCCCUCCAAGGGGAAUGUCCCCAUGCUAGACUUCCUCAACACGUUCACACACUACACAUACUGGCGUACCAAUAACGCCGCGGUGAUCAAUGGAUUCCAUUACGUAGGAUGCACAAUAUUUUAUUCGCUCAUUGUUGAUAAGAAUUACAAGUGGCAUGCAGGUUACUAUGGUGGGCGAAUAUCCGAUUUUGAAAAAGAACAUCGGUGCAACAGCCUCUGUACGCGCAUGGGAAUGAAACAACCUGCAAGAUCCUAG